UGAUCAACUGCCAGCGCAUGCCAUGGAACUGUGCGCCAAGAAGCACCCCCCAGAGGAGGAAAGGAGGGUGAAAGCGAAUGCCCGGGAGUAUAAUGAAAAGUUCCAGUAUGCGAGUAACUGCAUCAAGACGUCCAAGUACAACAUGGUCACCUUCCUUCCCAUCAACCUCUUCGAGCAGUUCCAGGAAGUGGCCAACACCUACUUCCUCUUCCUCCUCAUCCUCCAGCUGAUCCCGCAGAUCUCCUCCCUCUCCUGGUUCACCACCAUAGUGCCUUUGGUUCUCGUGCUCACCAUUACGGCGGUCAAGGAUGCCACCGACGAUUAUUUUCGCCACAAGAGUGACAACCAGGUGAACAAUCGCCAGUCUCAAGUGUUGAUCAAUGGGAUCCUCCAGCAGGAGCAGUGGAUGAACGUUCGCGUCGGUGACAUCAUCAAGUUGGAGAACAACCAGUUUGUGGCAGCUGACCUGCUCCUCCUGUCCAGCAGUGAACCUCACGGCCUUUGUUAUAUCGAGACUGCUGAGCUAGACGGAGAAACCAACAUGAAGGUGAGGCAGGCCAUCCCCCUGACGUCGGAGCUGAGCGACACCAGCAAACUGGCGCACUUUGAUGGAGAGGUGAUCUGCGAGCCCCCCAACAAUAAACUGGACAAGUUCAGCGGGACCCUGUACUGGAAGGAGAGCAAGCACCCGCUCAGCAACCAGAACAUGCUUCUGCGCGGCUGCGUCCUUCGCAAUACGGAGUGGUGUUUCGGGCUGGUCAUCUUUGCAGGUCCGGACACCAAACUGAUGCAGAACAGCGGGCGCACGAAAUUCAAGAGGACUAGUAUUGAUCGUUUAAUGAACACCCUGGUGCUUUGGAUCUUCGGCUUCCUGGUGUGCAUGGGCGUGAUCCUGGCCAUCGGCAACUCCAUCUGGGAGUACGAGGUGGGCGCCUGCUUCCAGAUCUACCUGCCCUGGGACGAGGCGGUCGACAGUGCCUUCUUCUCUGGCUUCCUCUCCUUCUGGUCGUACAUCAUCAUCCUCAACACCGUGGUCCCCAUCUCGCUUUACGUCAGUGUGGAGGUGAUCCGUCUCGGGCACAGCUACUUCAUCAACUGGGACAAGAAGAUGUACUGUGCGAAGCGCUGCACGCCGGCCGAGGCACGGACCACCACCCUGAACGAGGAGCUGGGGCAGGUGGAGUACAUCUUCUCGGACAAGACGGGGACCCUCACCCAGAACAUCAUGGUCUUCAGCAAGUGCUCGGUGAACAAGCGGAGCUACGGUGAUGUCUUGGAUGUUCUGGGGUACAAAGCAGAGCUUGGAGAGAAAACGGAACCCGUCGAUUUCUCUUUCAACCCUCUGGCCGACCCCAACUUCAUGUUCUGGGACACUGGUCUCUUGGAGGCAGUCAAGCUGGGAGACCCGCACGUCCACGAGUUCUUCCGCCUGCUCUCCCUCUGCCACACGGUCAUGUCCGAGGAGAAGAACCCAGGGGAACUGUAUUACAAAGCCCAGUCUCCGGACGAAGGUGCCUUGGUGACCGCCGCCCGCAAUUUCGGUUUCGUGUUCCGCUCCCGCACCCCCAAGACGAUCACGGUGCAGGAGCUGGGGCGGCCCGUGACCUACCAGCUCCUGGCCAUCCUGGACUUCAACAACGUCCGAAAGCGCAUGUCCGUCAUUGUGCGGAACCACGAGGGGCAGAUCCGUCUGUACUGCAAGGGAGCCGACACCAUCUUGCUCGAGCGGCUUCACCCCGGCAACCAGGAGCUGUACAACGUCACCACUGACCAUCUGAAUGAAUACGCCGGCGAGGGUCUCCGAACGUUGGUGCUGGCCUAUCGCGACCUGGAGGAAAGCUACUAUGCCAGUUGGGCUGAACGGCUGCAUCGGGCCAGUAUGACCAGCGAGGGCCGUGAGGAGAGGGUGGCCCGGUUGUACGAGGAAGUGGAGAACGACAUGGUGCUCCUGGGAGCCACCGCCAUCGAGGACAAGUUACAGCAGGGAGUUCCAGAGACCAUCGCCCUUCUCACGCUAGCAAACAUCAAGAUCUGGGUCUUGACCGGAGAUAAGCAGGAAACGGCCGUGAACAUUGGCUACUCCUGCAAGAUGCUGACGGACGAGAUGACCGAGGUGUUCAUCAUCACAGGGCACACGGUUCUGGAGGUGCGGCAAGAGUUGCGGAAGGCCCGAGAGAAGAUGCUGGACUCCUCGCGGUCCGUGGGAAACGGGUUCGCCUACCCGGAGAAAGUGUCUGCCUCGAAACUGACCUCGGUGCUGGAGGCAGUGGCCGGAGAGUAUGCCCUGGUCAUCAAUGGGCACAGCCUGGCGCACGCCCUGGAGGCCGACAUGGAGCUGGAGUUCCUGGAGACGGCCUGUGCCUGCAAAGCCGUCAUCUGCUGCCGCGUCACCCCCCUGCAGAAGGCCCAGGUGGUGGAGCUGGUCAAGAAGUACAAGAAGGCCGUCACCCUGGCCAUUGGGGACGGGGCCAACGACGUCAGCAUGAUCAAGACCGCCCACAUCGGUGUUGGCAUCAGCGGCCAGGAGGGCAUCCAAGCGGUGCUGGCCUCGGACUACUCCUUCUCGCAGUUCAAGUUCCUGCAGCGCCUCCUGCUGGUCCACGGGCGCUGGUCCUACCUGCGCAUGUGCAAGUUCCUCUGCUACUUCUUCUACAAGAACUUUGCCUUCACCAUGGUGCACUUCUGGUUCGGCUUCUUCUGCGGGUUCUCCGCCCAGACCGUCUACGAUCAGUAUUUCAUCACACUGUACAACAUUGUCUACACCUCGCUGCCUGUGCUCGCCAUGGGUGUCUUUGACCAGGACGUGCCUGAACAUCGCAGUCUGGAGUACCCCAAGCUGUACGAACCGGGGCAGCUGAACCUCCUCUUCAACAAGCGGGAGUUCUUCAUCUGCAUCGCGCAGGGCAUCUACACUUCCGUCUUCAUGUUCUUCAUCCCCUACGGGGUCUUCAGCGACAACGCCCACCUCGCCGACUACCAGUCCUUCGCGGUCACCGUGGCCACCUCCCUCGUCAUCGUCGUCAGUGUGCAGAUCGGGCUGGACACAGGAUUCUGGACCGCCAUCAAUCAUUUCUUCAUCUGGGGCAGCCUGGCUGUUUACUUUGCCAUCCUGUUCGCCAUGCACAGUGACGGCCUCUUCCAGCUCUUCCCCAACCAGUUCCGUUUUGUUGGCAAUGCCCAGAACACGCUCGCCCAGCCUGCCGUCUGGCUGACAAUUGCCCUCACCACCGUCAUCUGCAUUAUGCCCGUGGUGGCGUUCCGUUUCCUCAAGUUGGAUCUGAAACCGGAGCUGUCGGAUACGGUGCGCUAUACUCAGCUGGUACGGAAAAAGCAGAAGACCCAACACCGCUGCAUGGGCCGGGUCGGGCGCGUCGGCUCACGGCGCUCCGGCUAUGCCUUUUCCCACCAGGAGGGCUUCGGCGAGCUCAUCAUGUCCGGCAAGAACAUGCGGCUCAGCUCCUUGGCCCUAUCCAGCUUCAGUGGCCGUCCCAGCACCAGCUGGAUCGAGACCCUGCGGAAGAAGAAGAGUGCGGGCGGAGACGGCAGCGCCGCCAGCAGCCCGAGUGGUGGAGGGCUGGACAGAACCCUGAAGGUGUGAGGAGCCCGAGAUGGUCCCGACCGGACAAACACAAGCAGGGCGGACAGGCGGCCUCGGGGGCGAGAGGUCGCUCGCGGGCCGGAAACGGGCCACCGCUGCUGGUUGCCGUGGAGACGCGGAACCUUCCAGAUGGAUCUUUGGUGUUGACCCGAGACCCACUGGGCCCUCGUCGUAUUAACCAAAAAACCAUAUCCGGCUGCCAGUGUAUUGUGGCACACCCAGCUGACUCGGUGGGACAGGUGGCUGUAACUCCCACCGCGCCCCCCCCAAAACAGAGGACAGACGCUCUUGACUGUUGCGUCAAAAGGGGUCUUUUUCAUCCAGUACUAUCUGCCCGCUCCAGGAGCGCGACGUUUUCCUCUGCGAACCACACACGAAUGUAUCCGGCGAGAGACGCAAGAAAGAUGGUCUCAGAGUGGGCUGGAGCCUCACUGCGAGAUGCCGGGGAGAGGUCCACCACCCCACCCGUUCUGCCCACCUCCCUGUCUCCUCACCGUGACACACGUGUCUUUUUAAAAAAUAUACAUAUAUAAACUAAAGAACAAUCUAAGUUUACAACGAGAAGACUUUUUAUUUUCUAUCCUCCGUUGGCACCAGAAGUUCUCAGCGGGUGUCCUUGGGCGACGAGCAGGGGCAUUUUAAGGAAUGAGACGGAGCCGUCGCAACACAGGAGACCCCGGCGUCGGCUCGGCCAGUGGUAGACCGGCGAAGCCCACCGAGGAAGACUUCGGUCUCGGAUGUGCGUGAAGAAGCGAGAUGCCCAGCUCCUCGGCAUAUGGAUAUCUUCUUUUAGCGGGGAGAGCCGGGGCUUCGGAAGAACAUCGGGCAGAUUCUGCCCUCUCGUCUCAUCCCGCCCUCCCCCACCCCCCCGUCUCAAACCCUGUGACCGCUUACCGGGGCAGGAGAAGGUUUCAAAGAAUUUUAUUUUUAUAUCAUGUCAAACUUUUGGCUUGCAAGGAGCCGCCUCCUGUUAGUCCUUCCUCCUUUCCCCGACGAUCCCGGCCAAUGUCACGCGUCACUGUUGGAGGCACGGGGCGAAGGCAGACCUGUUGAACACAGCAGAGCAAAGGAGAUUUGAGAUCAGUGUUGACCUUUUAGGAUCAAGCCCCCUUUCCCCGUGCUACAGCCUCCCUGCAGUCCCUCCCUAGUUUGUUUCCACAGCUGGCUGUCCGGGGCGAUGCCCUGCCCCUUACAGCAUUCCUGGUCCCCCUUCUCCACUGCCCCCCCCGACUCGAUUGUGUUGCUCUUUUGCUACCUUAGAGACGACCCUGUUGGUUUUUCAGCACAAACAGGCCCCGUGACAGUCGCUCAAACCCCUCUAUGUCUCGCUAUCCUGCCGUCCACCACAUUGUCCCCAUUCCCCAGCUGGGCUGUAAUUCCAGCAGGGUAGCCAGAUACAUUCGUUUACAGCAAAAUUGAAUAGGACGCCUAAUUGACAGGGGUUACCUUUCAUUCCUUGUCCUCCGGGUGUGUCCGGGAUGGGAUGGGGAAACAUGUCCCAAGACACAUCACGCCAUUUUUGCUGUCUUUCGCCCUGUAAGGCAGAAGAGAGCUGUGUCGCUUGGUUCCCCGUCCAUGAGCCUCUUCCUUCACCUCCGUUCCGAAGCCACAAUCUCGGCUGACGUUGGCUUUCGAGCAGAGGUCGAUCCUGGCAUCAUCUCUCUACCAGCUUCCCCUGCCCAUCGAUCAGUCGCCUCAUCGUCGCUGUCGUAGGCCUUGAUCCUGAACCCCCUUUUCCUCCUCGUUCUUCCCGAGGGCCUUCAGGGGGUCCUUCCAGCCUCUCUGCUCAACUCAGCCGUGCGGUGGAACGAGGGCCGAGUACCCACGGCAGUCUCUCGAGCACUUACAGCCAGCCUCUGGCUCGUGCUGCUGCAAAGUGGGGGAGGUCUCUGAGUUGAUCAGAGAGUGGCCGUCGGGGUAACCCGUCCCCUAGAACAGGGUGCUGAAUGUGGCAAGUUGACACGUCGACGGUUCCGUCGAAUCACUCGCAAGAGAAGCUCAGGGACAUACAGAUCUGUUGACGAAGCGGAGCCCGGUUGUCUCUUUGACUCGUCGUUCCUCCUGUCCUUUUGGCCCUCGUGGUGCAAAGGUAACAUUGGGUCGUCGAGGAGGAGGAGCCUAUGCUACGACUCGUCCUCCCUCCCCAGUGUUAUCCCUUCCAGAGACCGGGACUCGGGGGAAAAGAAACCGCAGUAGGAUUACCCCCCGCACACCCCUUUCCUGGACUUUCCGAUAUUACCCUUGGGGCGAGAGAUGUGCCGCAACCGUUCCCCUUCCGGAAGGGGUCUCUUCGGUAGUCAGGCUUCGCGUUCCAGCUUGGGAAAUCUCCCCCCUCUUCUGGGUUUCCAUUCUCUCUACUUCCCGGCAAAAGGCCGUAGAACUGGGCCCAGGGAAGGGCGGUGGGGCCUUCAUAAAGUUUCAUUGGGCCCGUUGUCCUCCUUGCACGAGGGGGCUGUGGACUCGCGCUCUUCCCCGCCAUCACACACACACACACACACACACGCGUGAGCCCACGUCUCCCCUCCCCCUUAAAAACAAACAAACGAAAACGAGUGGUUUUGAAAACGGAGUUCUCCUUCGGUUCAUUCCCCACCAGGCUGGUCUUGCGAUUACAGACCUCUGGGUGGCGCAUGGAGCCUGCACGUGAUUGCGUCAUGGGCCGCUCCACCACCACGCUAGGAGGCUCCCCGAAAUCAUUGCACACAAAGCGGGCAGGGAAGAACGUUUUCCCCUAGCUCAGAUGCACAUCCUGCCUCCUAGAGAGAAUUCUCGGUGGCCGAGUUUCCAAAUCGCUCCCUCGUCAACGAGACAGUCGUAACUGUCAGCCAGGUCCCUAGCUACAGCGGGGCCUUACGGGGCUCGCCCCCCCGACUUACCCCCAAGGCCCCAUGACUUCCCAUCCAGCCCAGC